AUGAAUAUAGUCGAUGAAUGUGUUUUAGCAGCUGAUUUUGAGAAAGUUUGCCGUAUUUGUAUGAAAUUUGAUAAAAACAUAAAAAAUGAAGAAGACAGUAGUCAAGGCUUCGGUAAUGAUAAUUAUCCAGUUUAUAUCAAAGAAGAAGAUAAUUCAAAUCAAAAUGAAGACGAAAAAACAUUAGAAAUUAAAAAGGAAGAAGAAAACAGAAGAGAAACCAGAAAAAAAAAUAUUCAAUACAAAUUCGAAGAGGACAGUGAUAACUCUGAAGAUAUAAAAGAAGAAAACGAUUCCGAUUGGGAAAGUGAGGAUGAAAAAUCUGACUUCGAAGAAACACAGGUAAAGGAAUUGGCUGAAUUUAAAUGUGAGACAUGUUCUGGAACAUUUAAAAGAUUAGAUUCACUUGGCCAACAUAUGCAAAGGAAACAUAAUGCCGAAGAAAUACAUACUCGUAAAAUGCAUCCAAAACCGAAAAAAAUUAAUCGAUCAAGGGAAAUUAUUAACUGUGAGGUUUGUGGGAAGAUGUGUCAACGACGUUAUUUACGUGCUCAUAUGAAUAUACAUGGGGAACGUAAUCGAAUCGCUUGUGAAUAUUGUGCAAAGAUAUUUAUAUCACAAGAUACUUUACAAACUCAUGUGAAAACUUAUCAUAUCGGAUCGGGACCUAUUUGUAGGUAUUUAUGCACGGAAUGUGGGCUUAAGUUACGAUCGAAACAUCAAUUAAAUAAUCAUUUGAUAACGCAUACCAAGGAGCGACCAUUUGCUUGUGAUAAAUGUGAUAAAACGUAUCGGACAACGUGUAUGUUAAAAGUGCAUAUAUCACGGACACAUCUGAAUGAAAGAAAUUUUGUUUGUACAUUUUGUUCACAAGCGUUUUUUGAUAAGAAAAUUUUAUUGAAUCAUGUUAGACGCCAUACCGGUGAAAAACCGUAUAAAUGCGAUUUAUGUGAUAAAAGUUUUAUACAAAGAGUUGCUUUGCAAGGUCAUAUGAAAAUACAUUCAGUGUAA